AAUAUCGACUUUGCCGCCUCGUACUCGUAUAAUCCCGAAAGUUUUAGUCAGAUAGUGCCUACCUUGCCUGUAACUUCACCUCGUCAGCUUCGUUUUGGACAGUAUCGGGAUAUUGCCAAAGAAGUGUACACUGUUGUUAAGGCUUUAACGGCUUCAGCAUUGUCAUUGUCAUUGUAUCCUUCAUUACUGUGGCUGUUCCUGUCUCUCUUGCUGACAGGCUUUUGCGUAAGACGUGAGGACGUCUCUGUGCCACAGUGAUUGAUCUGGCACAAUCGCGAAUCGGCUGGGAGGGUUAUUUGGCAUGAUACUGAGAGAGUGUCAUUAAGAUGAACCGCUACCGCACAAUUCCCGGACUUGGGCCUCAGAAAGCCACGGUAUCUACUGUCUGCCAGAAAUGCUUGAAGAAAGCCACUACAGUUAUGAGUGCAAGUCGAGUGCUCAGGAGCGUCCAUACAUCUCCAGACCGUCAAGAACUCAACAGCUACUCAACCCCAAGCUCAAACCAAAAUUGACAAGCGACAAACCAAACGAAUUGCUGAACAGUCGGGGUGUAGCCGACCAACAACUAGCCGAGGCGGAAGCCAGGCGUAAUGGAACCCCAGCAUUGGAGUCCGAAAGUCGAGGACGCUCAUUGAGCCCACGCGCAAAUUCUCCGUCUCGAUCUCGAUCCAUAGACUCUGCGAGUUCCGUCUCUACUAUCUCAACGGCUAAGUCUCGGUCUCGGUCGCAUUCGCUGUCCGAAAGCCGCGAUGAUAGGAUGGACACUGGUAAACGGGCUGGUCACGCUCGGUCGAGGACACCGCCCCGGAAGCGCAAACACCAUUCCGAUUCGAGUUCAUAUUCACGUUCACCCAGGUCGCCAAAGAGGGCACCCAGCUCACAUCAUAAAACUCGCCGCCAUCGGAGCAAAAGUCCAAGUGACCGUGGCCGGCCGAACUCAACGCGCCGAGGAAGCCAUCGCAGUCGAACCAGCAGUCCAAGCAUGGACCAAAGUCGAAUCACCAAACAUAGAAGAUCAUUGGGUUCGCAAGACGGCUAUAGGGAAGAGGAGAAACGUUAUAGCCGCGAAAAUAGGCCCCAAGCAAAUGGAGACGGCCGCAGGCCUGCAGGUUUCGGGUCGUCCGGUGCGCAAGGGAGGGGACCACGGAGAGAACGAAGUCUCAGCCCAUACAGCAAACGACUGGCAUUGACGCAGGCGAUGAAUUUGUGAUUGAUUAUGUCUUGUUUUGGCUAAUAGCAAGUACUAUUGAUACCAUGCAUCGGUGGACACUCCUCUAUGUAAUUUAGCUUGCAAGGCGCUGGAGGCCUCAUACCAAGUUCAAUGAUACUCAAGUUUUGCCUUACUGUCCGAAGUUCCACCACAUGUUUAUUC